AAUCAAUAUGGUAUUACUUUGUAUGGUGUAUUGCAACUGAAAAACGAAAAAGAACUGAAAAAAAAACAUUUGUUUAAAUGAUAAUCGUCAAAGUGGCAAAAACGUCAUAAAAAAAAUUGUACAGAAGUAACUUCGCAUUUAGGCCGUCACAAUAAUUACAAGAUGAAUAUGCAUGAAUUAGACGAAAGGAACUGGGAGAAAGUAUUUCAAAUAGAAGGUACAUAUAGCUUUCCUAAGCCCAGAAGAUCUUUUUGGAAAAGACAAGGCGUAAAGUUAAAAGGAUUGGGUAAUUGCGUAGCGCCUAGUUUGGAAAAUGAGAACAUACGUUCAAUCGGAAAGAUCGAUGAAGCUGCUUUUUACAACGCUGUUAAAAAUGGAAAAACUUCGCAAAUAACAUCAUACCUGGUACAAGGAUUCAGCGUGAAUAAAAAAAAUAAAUAUGGCGAAACGGCGCUUCAUAUGGCUGUGAAAUACAAACUUGUGACUGUGGUGAAAUUUCUUAUCAAGCGCGGUGCAGAUGUAGACGCCCUUGGCGUAGAAGGGGAUACGCCACUUCAUUUAGCUGUUGCACGAAACCAGAAAGGAGAAUACAAUGAUAUAAUUCGAAUUUUAAUGAAAAAAAAACCAGAAGUGCGUAUACAAAACGCAAAUAACCAAUCCGCAUUGGAGUGUGCUUUAAAGCAUGGGUACAUCUCUACCUUCAAGUUAAUCCUGAAAUACCUCAAAGGAAGAGACCUUAUUAUAAUUGAUACAGCACGGUUAGCUGCUGAACAUGGAAAUGUAGAUAUUUUUACAUUUGUAUUUCGAACGUUUAAGGAUGUCUUGGUAACAGUCUCAGAUGAAGAUGGAAAUAACAUAUUACAUCACGCCGUUGCCAUGAAAAGCAUUGCACUUGUACGAAACUUCGUUUCUUUGGUUGAUCAAAACAAACAAAACAACGAUGGAGAAAUUCCCCUUCAUCUUGCUGUUAAGUAUGGACUUAAUGAAAUCAUAGGUAUACUCUUAGCGCGGGAACCUGAUGUGAACAUACAAGACAACUACGGUAACACAGCACUCCACCUUGCUGUCAAUGUAAGUUUGUUGAGCUGUAUCCUGCUAAUAGAUAUAACAGACUUAUCGUUACAAAACAGAGAUGGAGAGACAGUACUUCAUAGAGCAUGUCAAUCUCCAGAUAUUAAUUACUUGGAAUUAGCUAUGUACAGAAAUCAACCGAACACGUUUACAUCUCUACCAAGAGAUGUCAUAAAAGACAUAAAAGAUUUACAAGAUAGAUUUGGAAACACAGCUUUUCAUUAUGCGUGUGAGCAAGAUGAAUAUGACAUGGUAAAGACUUUAGUCGACGAUUUAGGUGCUGAUAAAGAGGUGUUCAAUAAAGAAGGAAAGACUGGCCUAGAUGUUGCCAUAGAGAUGAAUCACCUGGCCAUUGUAAACUUACUAACAGAUUCUGCAACAUCAGUACAUUUUGACAGUUGGCACGAUUACAUGUGUGUGAUUUGUGAGGAGAUACCUUUGAACAUUAUUUUUCAAUGCAAGAAUGGUCACAUUUACUGCGAUGACUGCGACUGUCAGCAACCAAUAACCCGUUGCAGAAAGUGUGGCGUAGCAACCACUGACAAAAUAAGAAAUAUUGAGCUAGAAAAUAGGUUAAUGAGGUUGUUUCCAGCUGUGGAAUUUAAACAGACUAACAAUGAUCCGUUCGAAUCUUUGUUUACUUAUUAAAUAAAAUAACUUAGACCAUUUUUAAAUAAAGCAUUGUAAUUGGAUCGAUUUAAAUUAACUACAUUGUACUGCAAAGAAAUUGGAUUUUAACGGAUGUUGUUAUAACAAGUUUAACCCCAAACCAAAUUGUUGGUAAGGAAGCAAAAGACUAAUCUCAUCCCCAAGACAUCUUAAAUUUUUGGGAAAUCAGUACAAUGAUUAACUCCCUCUUCAGACAAAAUGCCCUGGAAACGAAGUUUAAAAUAUAUAACUUCUACCAUUAGGGUUCCCAGCAUACACAAUUUUUUUAUUCAUACUAGUUGUUAGCCCGUGACAGACAGACAGACAGACGUAUACGGCCAUUAUAAUAUAGAUAUACGAACUAAAGAAAUUAAAAAAUCCGUCACGGGCAUAUAGCAAAGUUUCUCAAAUAGCAAAUAUAAAAAAAAAACAUCUUUUCAUAUUUUCGUUUGAUUUACGCUUUGUUCUCCUAACGGUGCUAAAUAACUUUAUGGCAUUUUUUUUGCGUCACUCACACACUCGCCAACUCACUCGUUCACUUACGUACUUUCUUACUUACUCGUUCACUCACGUACUCGCUCACUCACUCGUUCACUUGCCCACUCACACUC